CCCAUCUCACCUGGCAUCCAUAAGCGAGGCACAUUUCAGUCUAUAAAGGUGGGAACUGUCCCUGGCUUUCAGGCUCCAACACUCCGUGUCAAGAUGUGGCACCUUAAACUCUUUGCAGUGCUCAUGAUCUGCCUGUUACUGUUGGGCCAGAUAGAUGGCUCCCCAAUAUCGGAACUGAGGUCAGCGAAGAGAAGGCUGCGGAGAAUGACCCCAUUUUGGAGAGGGGUUUCCCUCAGGCCCAUUGGAGCCUCCUGCCGGGAUGAUUCCGAGUGCAUCACCAGGCUAUGCAGAAAGAGACGCUGUUCCCUAAGUGUGGCCCAGGAAUGAUGGACAUACCAGGGAAAAAGAGGAACAGCACUCACCUACAAUGCUCCGUUCUAUGGAAUAUUGAUUGACUGCAUAUUGGCUGGAGACACUUCAGGGAAGCAAUCUUGUGUUUUUAAUAUUUAAAGACAGAUUAUGCUUUAAAUUCGUCUCCGUUUCUUCUUAGAAUGUUAUUUAGAUGAGCAUAACUAAACUUGUCAAUUUAGAGUUUAUUUUUCUAUGUAUAUUAUUAAAGGUCUCAAAUUUGAAAAUUUGGCAGUCUGAAAUUUAAGCCUUUGAGUGGAAGAAGGGUCACUUUGUAUACUCUAGAAAAAAUACCCCAGCAUUGCCUAAUAAUCAUGUGUUGUUACUGUUCACACUUGAUCUUAGCCAAAAAGCUGAGAAGUGAUGAUGUGUUACUUCUCAACCCUGAAAGUUAACAGUGAGUAGCAACAAAAGUAGUGAGAGUUAACCUUUUUUUCAAGAAAUAAAGAACAUGCCUUGGCCAGUGUGGCUCAUUGGUUGAGUGUCAACCAUGCACUAAAAGGUCACAAUUCCUGGUCAGGGCAUAUGCCCAGGUUGCAGGUUCGAUCCCCAGUUGGGGUGCAUGCAAGAGACAGCGGAGUGAUGUUGUUCUCUCACACUGAUGUUUCUUUCUCUCCCUCUAAAAAAAACAAAAACA